AUGGAAAAACAUUAUUGCGUAGUUAUUAUUGGUGCAGGAAUAGCUGGAUUAUCUUGCGCGAAAUAUUUAAUUGAAAAUGAUAUUCAUGAUUUUAUUAUCAUUGAAGCAAAUAAUCAAAUUGGUGGACGAUGUGAAACUAUACCACUAAUGGAACAUCAAAUUGAAUUAGGUACUGAAAUACUACAAGGUGAUCAAUCAAACAAUCCGUUAUAUCAAUUAGCUGACGAACAUCAUUUAAUCGAUUAUAGUAAUAAUGAAUCUGAUCGAGAUGAUUGUUUUCAUGAUGAAGAUGGUGAAUCAAUUGAUGAAGAUAUUAUAAACGAAAUUCGAACAAUUUAUGAUGAAAUUUUAGAAAAAAAAGUUCCGACAUAUCCAUAUGAAAAUUAUCCUGAUUCAUCAUUAGGAGAAUUUAUAUCAACAGAAUUAGAUCAAUAUGUACAAUCAAAAAAAGUCUCACUCGAAAAAAAUGAAAUUGAUCAAAUAGAAAAAGUUAUUGAUUGGCUUAGUAAACAACAUUCUUACUUGAAUACAAUCGGUUGUGAGAAAUUAACUGAUGUUUCUGUUCAAGGAUGGAAUUCAUUUGAACAUAUAUCAAAACCUGAUCAAUCGAAUGGUAUUAUUAAAUAUAUUCAAGGUGGGUUUUCGAAUUUGUUGCACAUAGUCUUUGGUAAUAAAAUACCAAAUGAUAAUAUUGAACUGAAUUCUAUGGUUAAACGCAUAUGUAUGUAUGAAGAUGACCAAUAUGUUAGUAUAGAAAUUAUUGGCAAGAAUAAGGAAAUGAAAACAUAUCAAGCAGAACAUGUUAUUUGUACACAAUCUGUUGGUUGUCUUAAAAAAACAAUGCAUGAAAUGUUUGUACCACCAUUACCAUAUUCGAAACAAUUAUGUAUUGAAAAAUUAGGUUUUGGUACAAUUAAUAAAAUCUAUCUUAUUUUUUCUCAUGCAUUUUGGGAUGUUGAUUUUAAUACAUUUAAUUUUUUAUGGAAUACAACUGCCGAAUGGAAAUUAACUUGUCUUGAAAAUACAUCUUAUGAUAGUCAAUGGUGUAAAAGUAUUACAGGUUUUUAUGUUCAUCAUCGUUUACCAAAUAUGCUUGUUACACAAAUUGGUGGUGAAGCAGCUACAUACAUUGAAACAAUUCCGGAUGAAAUAUUAACCAAUUGUUUUCAAGAAUUAUUCGGUCGAUUUUAUCCUGACAAUCAAAUACCUAAACCAAAGAAAUUAAUACGAUCUCAAUGGUUUAAUAAAACAUCUACGCAUGGUUCACAUACAUUUAUUAAAACAGGUUCGAAUACACAUGAUAUAAAACGAUUAGCAAUGCCAUGGCCAAAUCAACCGGCUAAACCAUUAAUUCUUUUUGCAGGUGAAGGUACACAUGAAAGAUUUUAUGGUACAGCACAUGGUGCUUUCAUGACAGGUAUCAGAGAAGCUAAACGAAUUGUUGAAUUAUAUAAAAAAGACUCUAUAAAUCAAUAA